AUGUUCCGUUCCAGUGGAGGGUCGAACGGUCGACUAGCAUGGCUUCGCGAACGCAUAGCACUAUCUGAAAAGUCGUGGAAGAAGAGCGUGGAUCAACGAGACCAGAUGGCGAAGACACAUCCGGACUACCCACAAGUUCCCUUCUUCCCGACAGACUUUUUGAAAUACCCUUUCACAAUCUGGGACUUCUUUCCAGCGACAUGGACAUGCCCACACGACUUUCAACGCGUCGGUCGCCUUGGUGACGGCGGCAAAUGGGUCUGUGGCAUGAGCCUCUACGAGAGCAUACCUGCGCCGACCUUCCCAUCCAUCGACUCCGAAAAGAGUCGCGAAACCUCCGCCACGCCCGCCGACGCCGGUCUCGUUAUCUACAGCUUCGGCAUCAACGGAGAAUCGUCCUUCGAAGCUGAAAUGCUCGAACGCGUCCCCGCCGCACGAAUCUGGGGUUACGAUUUCUCUGUCGACGGAUGGGGCAAACAGAUCCCAACUUCACAACGCCACCGCACAUUUUUCAAGAAGGUUGGAUUGGGCAAGGAGGACAAACACGAUAGCUCCCCGCCUUUCUACACUCUGCCUACCCUCAUGAAGGAGAACAACCACGAGUACAUCGAUAUCCUGAAGAUCGAUAUCGAAGGCAGCGAAUACGACGCCCUCGACACCUUCAUGGACGCCUUCGACGGCAUCAAAACCGCCUCGGGCAAAUCAGUCCUACCCAUCGGCCAAGUCAUGAUCGAACUGCAUCUCGGCGACGGCGUGCACCUGGACGGCCCCAACGCUGGCGCAAACGUCGGGUUUGACCGUUUCAGGAAGUGGUGGGAGCGCUUGGAGCGAAUGGGCAUGCGCCCUGCGUGGAUUGAGAUUAAUCUGUUCGCCGUCACCCUGGGCCGAGACAAGUCGGACCCCCGAUGCACCGAGUACGUGUGGGUCAACGCACGGGACGAAAAGAGCGUCCUUUGGAGAUAG